AUGUUCGCGGGGGACAUUGUAGAGAUACUAGAAUCAAAAGCAGCAUGUCUCCCCGGAAGUCGGGAUCUCGAAGGCAGACCCCUAAUAAUAAUAUACGUUCCGACGGAACUUCAACCCUGGACGAAAGAUAAUUUAGAACACACUCUCCAAUAUUUUUCAUCUAUAUUCUCGCAAGACACACGACGAAGAGGUUUCACCAUAUUGGUCGACUGUCAAAAAACCCCAUGGAGGGUUGCUAGAGCUUGCAUACGUCACGUGAGGUUAUCUCUCGGACCAGACUUGGCGAGUUUCAUCGUUCUCAGACCGGAUGGAUUCUGGGACAAGCAAAGAGUUGACAAUUGUACCAAAAUACGUAAGGAGGGAGAGCCGAUAUUCAUUCCGAUUUCUAGACUUUCUAAAUACGUUGAUUAUUCGCAACUUACAAAUGAUUUCGGCGGUACUUGGUCUUAUAAUCAUUCACAAUGGAUACAAAAUAGACUCGUAAAAGCAAAAUCAUCACUCGGAGAAUUGGAAAAAUUUCAUCAGAAAUUAAUUGAAUUUACAACGAGCAAAAGGUUGAGCACACCAACGGAUCCUUUCGUUUUUACAAAACAAAAUUUCGACACGAAUAAAAUAAUAGCGCAAAAAAUUUUACAAACCGGAAAAGAAUUACUCGAUCAAAUAGAAAAGACUGAUAGGGAAUGUCAGAGGAACAAUUCGAACGAUUGCUAUAAAACGCCUCAGGAUGCGACGGACACGAGGAUUAAAAUAGAAAAAUUAUUGGAAGUCAUGGAAGAAAAACAAGAAUGCAUCGACAAAGCGUGGUUGAACAUGGAAAAAAAAUGCGUGGACGCGAGAGAAAUCACGCUGUUGGAAACCGGAGUCGCGAGAGUGACGAAAUGGAUAUUGGGCGUUGCGGAAACAAUGUUAAAUUCGCAACAGGAAGUCGGAUAUGACGUACCCUCGUCGGAAGAACUAAGAGCCGAACACGAAGCAUUGGAACUCCAGUGCAGAGAAACCUACGGUCAGUACGCAGAACUUUUACAUAAAAUAGACAUACUCCCACAAUUGAACAUAAACAUACCGGAAGAUUUAAAAUCUCAACGGGAUUUUAUGGAUUUCGUUUGUAGAAGUUUUGCCACGAGAUUAGAAAGAAGGCGUAACAUAUUAAUCACGUGUUUAAGAUUUUACAGGCUCGUUACCGAAUAUUUUGAAAAAACAAACGAAGUUUUCGAAACUUUGGUCGUGUCCACGGAGGAUUCCGCCGAAUCCACUUUGGAAUCGGCUUACGGAAGUUUACAAGAAUUACAAGAAAAUCAAAUCAACAUAAAUUUUCUAGCCAAAGAAUUACUCAAAGAAGGUGAAAAACUUUCGGAUUUGUUAUCAAUGCCCGUUAAAGACGCUUUGGGACGAGAUGUUGAUGUCAAUUACGAAAAUGAUAUCGUCAACGUUCAGGAAAUACUUGGAGCGACACUAUCUAGAAAGCAAUUAUUUAGCGAUAGCGUAGAUUUGCAAAAAUUAACGUUGGAACAAGUAACUCACGUACACGUAUACGAAAAAGAUGCCAAACAAGCUGUGCAAUGGUUGAAUGACCUCUUUCAAGUUAUGAUGAAGGAGUAUGUGCACGUCGGUUGUAACGUUAACGAGAUACAAAUGAUGAAAGAAGAACAUCAAGCUUUUCAAGAAACAGCUAAAGGCACUUACGAUUACGGUUGUCAGCUUUUAAAUGCGGCCUCAGCUUUGAGACACUCUUGCAAACUACCAGAAGAUUAUAACGUUCAACUGACGCAAAAUCUUUGGCAAGCGUGGAAACGUUUACAAAUGGUUGGACAAGAACAAAUGACGAGACUGAGAGUAUCUGCAGUUUUUCACAGAACCGUUCAAGAGCAUUGCAAACAAUUAAAAGAAUUGAGAAAUUCCGUUCAGGAAUUGACGAAAAUCGAAGAUGCGAACAAGAAAAAAUUAAAAAUAAGAAAAUUGUUACACAACAGAGAAAAAUUACUCAUGGAAGUCGGUAGAAUGGUCAGAUUGGGACGUUUGUUGAAAACUAGACUCAAAGAACCCGUUUUCCCCGAACAAAGGUAA